AAGAGGAGCCAGCUGAAGUUGACUCUCGAGCCCUGGUGGCCUAUACUGGUCCGGCUGAGCAACCCGAUUCUUCGCAACCUGACGAGGUUGUCAUUCUGGACGACGCUGAACAAUCUUCCAAGCCGGACGCGGCUGUGGACGGAUCCGCCUUUUCUGGGCCAGUGGCCCAACUGGUAGGCCAGAUGCCGGCCGCUUAUAGAACGGCUUCCCGUUCUUCUGGUGAGUCCUACUAUUCCAACGUAGUUAGAACACUACGGGUUGGCGGGCGUCCGAUGAGUCCGUCCAACAAACAGACCGUGGUUAUUCCCAUCAGGUGUACUGACGAGUCUAACCUUUCAGAUAAAGGGAAGGGUCCUGCUGUUGUCGGCUCCCCUAGCCUCUCUGACGAUGAAUCUUCUCCAGCCUUUGGAAAGAUGUCGUCGUCUGAUCGUGAGAAGCUCAAGACGGAGCUGUUCAAGUGCUUUCCCGAAACUUAUAUCAAGGGGUUAAGGGGAGCAUCGUCUGGGCAUGUAGGCUACAUGUCUCAGCUUGCUGCCGAGCUUUUUGCUCGCAGCAUGAUAACAGAAGACUGGGCGAAGGAGCUCAGAAAAGAGAAUAAAAAGCUCGUCCAUGAUGUAACUGCGGCCGCCGACCAUGCUCAGUUCGUCAUUUCCGAGCAAGAGGUGUUGCACCAGCAAACCAAAGUUGCUUUGGAAAAAAGGUCGGCUGAGCUGGAAUCUCAGAUCAAAGUCUAUCUACUUCGGUUGACGGAGAUGAUAGACGAACGGGCUUCGUUGGAACGUGUUCUGACGGACGAGAGGAAUUCAGCCAUGACUAUGGCUGCCGAUUUCUUCAAGGAAAACCUCGUCCUGAAGGUCAAAAACCAAGCCCUUCGAACUGAGGUUGCAGAGACAAUUGCCGGCGCCAAAGAGGCUAUGAACACCAUCAUAGAUACCUCAAAAGAAUGGGCGGUGAAGGCUUUUGAGAUGAUGGCCGAGGAGGAGGAUAUCCCCAGAUAUGCUCGUCGGCUGGAAUUCCAAGAAGCCUGCAUAAGGCCACCAUAA